GAGGUGGCAGCUCCAGAGAUGGCAGUGAGCGAGAGGAGGGGGCUCCGCCGCAGGAGCCCAGCGGAGUGGGGGCAGAGGCUCCUUCUGUUGCUUCUGUUCGGCGGCUGUUCGGGGCGCAUCCACCGGCUGGCGCUGACGGGGGAGAAGCGAGCAGACAUCCAACUGAACAGCUUUGGCUUCUACACCAAUGGCUCCCUGGAAGUGGAGUUGAGUGUCCUGCGGCUGGGCCCCCAAGAGACAAAAGAGAAGUCCCCGCUGGUGGGAUUCAGCCUGAGCCGAGUUCGAUCUGGCAGUGUUCGGUCGUACCCAAUCCAGGAUCCACAUGAAUGCCUUCUGCAGAGAAAUAGCAGCAGCUUCCUGGUCCUGUUCCUCAUCAACACCAAGUUGCUGCAGGUCCAGGUGCGAAAAUAUGGGGAGCAGAAGAAGUUGUUCAUCUCUUCUGGGCUCCUCCCUGAAGCACCCACUAAGUCAGGGCUGCCAGAGCCAGAGCCCACAGGCACUCCCAAGGUGGACAGUGGUGAGGAAUUUGGGGUUCCAAGACCAGGGCCAGCUGAUGGAUGGCCUCUGUCCCCUCAGGACCCCAGUGGGAAUGACAAGGAACUGGUGUUGGACCUGGGCCACCUCAAUGAUUCCUAUAAUUUCAGUUUCCAUGUGGUGAUCGGCUCCAGGGAGGAGGAAGGCCAGUACAACCUUAACUUCCACAACUGCUACAACUCUAUUCCCGGCCAGGAGCGUCCAUUCGACCUAACGGUGAUGAUCCGGGAGAAGAACCCAGAAGGCUUCCUGUCAGCAGGAGAAAUGCCUCUCUUCAAGCUCUACCUGGUCAUGUCCACCUGCUUCCUGGCUGCUGGCAUCUUCUGGGUCUCAGUGCUCUGCAAGAACACGUACAAUGUCUUCAAGAUCCAUUGGCUGAUGGCGGCCCUGGCAUUCACCAAGAGCAUCUCUCUCCUCUUCCACAGUAUCAACUACUACUUCAUCAACAGCCAGGGCCACCCCAUCGAAGGCCUCGCCGUCAUGCACUACAUCACACACCUGCUCAAGGGCGCGCUCCUCUUCAUCACCAUCGCCUUGAUCGGCUCGGGCUGGGCCUUCGUCAAGUACGUUCUGUCGGACAAGGAGAAGAAGAUUUUUGGGAUUGUGAUCCCCUUGCAGGUCUUGGCCAAUGUGGCAUACAUAGUCAUCGAGUCCCAUGAGGAGGGUGCCAGCAACUAUAGACUCUGGAAGGAGAUCCUCUUCCUAGUGGACCUCAUCUGCUGUGGCACCAUCCUCUUCCCUGUUGUCUGGUCCAUCCGGCAUCUCCAGGACGCAUCUGGCACAGAUGGAAGGGUGAGGUCCCACUGCUCAGGACCCUCUGUCCCCAGCCCCCUUCCUGCUCCAGGCCCUUUUUUCUGCCCUCUGGAGUCCCUUUCCUCUCUCCACACCACAGCGUGCCCCUAUCUGUCCUCUCUUUUCUCUCCAACACCCAUGCCCAGCCUCUCUGCCCUGCUUGGUUGUCUUUUCCCUCCUCUCUUGGCAGUGAACCUGGCCAAGCUGAAGCUAUUUCGCCAUUACUAUGUCAUGGUCAUCUGCUAUGUGUACUUCACACGCAUCAUCGCCAUCCUGCUGCGGGUGGCUGUGCCCUUCCAGUGGCAGUGGCUGUACCAGCUCUUGGUAGAGGGCUCCACUCUCACCUUCUUUGUGCUCACGGGCUACAAGUUCCAGCCCACAGGGGACAACCCAUACUUACAACUGCCCCAGGAUGAUGAGGAGGAUGUGCAGAUGGAGCAAGUAAUGACGGACUCUGGGUUCCGGGAAGGCCUGUCCAAAGUCAACAAAGCAGCCAGCGGGCGCGAGCUGGUGUGAUCCUCCCCCGGUAUCCCACCAGAUGGCCUCUGCCCUCCUCCGCCCCACACUUCACACUCCUGCGCCUCUCCCAAAGGUGGGGGAGCUGGAGAGGCCUAUGUGGACAAGGUGCUCGGCUCCCGAGACCUGGGUCCAGGGAGAAGCUCACUCAGAAGACAGACAGCCCUGUGCUCUCCACGGGACCACUCCCACUUCAGCUGUACAAUAAUGACCAAUCUGUUUUUGUUACCCAGAUUUCUUGCCUUUGUGGGGGUUGAGGUCUGAUGCAAUGUUAUGUUUACAAUUUAGAAGUUUGUAUUCAGCGGGGUGGGGGUGCAGUGUUCCUGGCUUUACACGUUCGAUAAAUAUUCAUUGAGCCACUACUGCGUGCUGGGCCCUACGCUGGGUCCUAGAGACAAAGCAGUGACCUAGAACCCUUGGGUUACAGCCCUCAAGGGGCUCAUAGUCCAGGAGGAACAUGGGGCUGUCAGG